AUGAAUAAUUAUUUUAGAGAAACAAUCAUACUGAAGAAGAAGAAUAGUUCUUCUGCAGAUACAGAAGAUUUUUUUCGUUAUGCCAAUCCUAAACAAACUCAACCGACCUAAGUAACUGAUUAAAAUUAAUGGACUAUCUAAUAAUGUGAUUCAGAAAUAUUGUCAGACAUAGAAACUCCUGCAAAAUCUAGGAUGGCUGAUUCAAUCAUUAAAGAAUUUGAAUUAGAAAAUAGUGCUAAUGUAGGAUCAAAUAAUAAACAAUCGAGACCUAAUAUUGAUGUCAUUAAUGAAGCAUUAUCAUCUAAAUAUAGAUUAAGAGGGGAAAAUGAAACACUAUUAUUUAUUAUGAUAGGCACUUAUAUAAUAAAUAUUAGUCUUCAUUUGGAACAUAUGCUUUCUCCUAGAUAACAUGAUUAUAAAAAGUAUAUUGGACUAUUAGUAGAUUUCAUAACAAGUCUUUAUUAUAUAUAUGAUAGUUAUUACAAGUAAAUAAAUAUCUUAAAUUAUUAAGAGUUAAGAAGAUGGAGAGUGAUUUUCAUAUAAAUAUAAUUUUGCAUUUGCUAAGUGGUCCAGUUUAAUUAUUUUUGAAUGUUGCAUAUUUCAUGUAAUUUCAUUAAUUUUGCUGGUUUUCAAUAAUAUUAAAAUCGUUAAAAUUGUUUGCAACUAAUUUUUAAAAGUAAAAUUUAUCCGAUAUUUAUAAUACUUUUGUAAAUAGUUUACCUUUAAUAUUCACAUCAAUAGUAAUUUAUUUUGUAUUUACAUAUUUAUGUACUAUUCUAUAUUGUGAUGUUAAUAGACAUUAUUUUAAGAAUAUAGGAGUUAGUGCAUUUACUUUAUUAUAGAUAUUAACUAUAGAUGGAUGGGGUGAUAUAACUAAAUAAUUAUUACCAAAAACUGGUAUCUCAGUAAUAGUCUUAAUAUUCUCUUUUAUAACUAUUUUGGCAAUGUUUUUUUGGUUUUUAAUUUAAGCAUUUUAAAUUGAUGUUAUGAUAUUAGAUGAAUUAGUUAAAUAAGGCAAAGUAGAUAUUGAUGAAUAAUCUAUAUCUCGUAGAUCAUAAAAUUUAUUACCUUAAAAAUAUUAUUCAAUUAUAUUUGGAAAAUAAUAAUCAAGAAUUGUUCUUCUUGUGUGGAUAAUUCAAUUAUUUUAUGCAAAUAUGUAGAAUAAACUUAAUAGUAUUAAUGAUUUUCAUUAUAUUUGCUUUCAUAUAUUUGUAUCACUCAUUUAUACAUUACAUUGGAUUGCAGUAAUAGUUUUGAAAGAUAUUGAAGCAUAUAAUUCAUAUUAUUCAAACAUUUAACUUACAUUUCAUGUACUUUCAGGACCAAUUGCUUUUUGUUAUUCACUUUUAGAAUUGAUAACUACUCAAUAAAUUAAAUACAGUCCAAUCCUUAUAAUGUUUAAAAUCUUAACAAAUCCAAGUAUUAGAGAUAUUAGUUAUAUUGCCAUUAGAGUUCUAUCAUCUUCCCUUUCUCCAUAUAUCCUUAUGCUUAUUUUAACAUUGAUUGUUAUGGGAAUAAUUAAAUCUUCAUAUCAUUCAUUUGAAUCAAUAAAUUUAUUAGAUACAUUACUUAUUUAUUUGUAAACUCUAACUUUAGAUGAUUGGGAUGGUAGUUUAUCUAAAGGAUUUGUAUAAAAAGGUCAUUUUUUUGCUGCUUUUAUUAUUAUGUUUUAUAUUUUAGUGUGUUAAUUUUUACUCAUUCCUGCAUUUAUGGCUUAAGCAUGUGAAAUAUUUUAGGUACAAUUAACAUUCAUAUAAAUAGUAAAUUUUAGGAAUUUCAUUUAAACCUAGAUUAAAUUAAGAUGGUGAUUUGAAUUUAUAUCAAUAUACUGAUACAAAUGUAGAAACUAUAGUAAAACGUUAAUCACCUAGAGUUUUUAAAAUCAAUUAAUCAAGAAAUCUAAUAUAUCUAUUACUUAAAUAUUAAAGAGCACUUUUUUCAUAUGAAAAUACAAUUCAUCGUAAAUUAUUAAUAUCACUCUAUGGAUAUCUCACAAAUAUUGGCAAUUUACAUUUUCCUAAAUUCAGUUAAUUAACAAAAUCAGAAUAAAGUAUACUUAAAACUACUAAAUCAUCAAAAGUUAUUAUAGAAUUUAAAAACUAAUCAAUUGAAGUUGAUUCAAAUCAGAUUUAAUUUGUUUAUUUACCUUGA